CCCAGCAGAAAUGUCGGAAAGUGGGAGUCAGGAGCCCGCGGCGGGGCCCCUGAACGGUGGCGGCAGCCCGACGACAGGAGCCCCAAGACCGCCGGUCGGCAACAAAGUGACGGUGGUGCUCGGGGCUCAGUGGGGCGACGAGGGGAAAGGAAAAGUUGUGGACCUGCUGGCACAAGACGCGGACAUGGUGUGCAGAUGUCAGGGCGGCAACAACGCAGGACACACGGUGGUGGUUGACUCAGUGGAGUACGACUUUCACCUCCUCCCCAGCGGCAUCAUCAACCCCAAGGUCACCGCUUUCAUUGGUAAUGGUGUAGUGAUCCACCUUCCAGGCCUGUUCGAAGAGGCAGAAAAGAACGAACGCAAAGGAAAAAGUCUAAAAGACUGGGAGAAGAGGUUGAUCAUCUCAGACAGAGCACACAUCGUGUUUGACUUCCACCAAGCGGUCGAUGGCGUUCAGGAACAGCAGAGACAAGAGCAAGCAGGCAAGAACCUCGGGACAACAAAGAAGGGGAUUGGUCCAGUGUACUCAGCUAAAGCAGCACGUAGCGGCCUCAGGAUAUGUGACCUGUUGGCUGACUUCACCCAGUUCUCUGAAAGGUAUAAAGUACUGGCCCAGCAGUACAAGGCCAUGUACCCCACUCUUGAGAUUGACAAAGAAGGAGAGCUGGUUAAAUUAAAGGAUUAUGUGGAGCAGAUCAAGCCCAUGGUGAGAGACGGGGUGCACUAUAUGUACGAAGCUCUUCAUGGUCCUCCAAAGAAGAUUUUGGUAGAAGGAGCCAAUGCAGCGCUGCUGGACAUAGACUUUGGGACGUACCCGUUCGUGACAUCGUCCAACUGCACGGUGGGCGGGGUGUGUACGGGUCUCGGCAUGCCGCCUCAGAAUGUCGGCGAGGUUUACGGGGUUGUGAAGGCCUACACCACCAGAGUGGGCAUCGGAGCUUUCCCGUCAGAACAGAGCAACGAGAUUGGAGAGCUGCUGCAGACACGAGGGAAGGAGGUGGGAGUGACCACAGGCAGGAAGAGGCGAUGUGGUUGGCUGGAUCUGGUGCUCAUCAAAUAUGCACACAUGAUUAAUGGCUUUACCGCGUUAGCUCUUACCAAACUCGACAUACUUGACGUGCUCUCAGAGAUCAAAGUGGGCGUAGCAUACAAAGUCGGCAACCAAUCUAUACCUCACUUUCCAGCCAAUCAGGAGGUGUUACAGUGUGUGGAGGUCCAGUAUGAGACGCUGCCUGGCUGGAAGAGCGACACUUCAGCCGCUAGAAGCUUUGAGGAGCUGCCGGAGAAUGCCCAGAAAUAUGUUCACUUCAUUGAGGAGCAUGUGGGAGUGCCUAUCAAGUGGAUCGGAGUGGGCAAGUCCCGGGAGUCCAUGAUCCAGCUAUUCUAGAUGGUGGGAGGAAAAAACACAAGCAAAGAGGACGCACAGCAGCGAAUCCACUCGACCCAUCAUCCACAACCCCCUCUCUCACACACAGCCUACCUACCUGUCUCAACUCUCCGACAGAGACAUGAGCAUUGUGUCUGUUUUUAAUGCUUCAGCACUGUCCCAUCAGACUGUCCCAUGGUACAGGUCAAACCUCUCUGGAUCAGACUCCCAUCAGACUGAACUCCCCUUUAUGAAUGGUUCCCAGCGUCUGCAUCUGGAUUUUAAACCGUUUUAAACUUUAGGAUAACAGUUUCACACUCAAGUCCCUCUUUUAUUUGCCCCUGUUUAUAACAUAGCAGUUUAUUUUAGACACAUGCUACAGUCGGCAACACCAGCUGCCAUCAGGUCUGAUAAAGGACAUAAGGGACACACACACACACACACACACACUCUCUCUCUCACACACACACACACACACACACACAGGUACAGACACAGGUUAACCCCCAGAGGAACUGUUCACGGAUGUUUAGUUGGUCAAACUUUUGUGUGUUUUUGUUAAUCUAUGCUGUGUUUUAAAUGCGCUGUCUGUUGUAAAUCAGUUUAAAAAGUUUUAACCUCUGCACUUUAGAUGCUUUGGACUUUUCUGCUUUAUGUUUUAUUCUGCCAGAUGUACAGCACAUCCUGACAUGAUAAAGGGAUCCUUUAAUAUUUUAAAGUUUGUCUUUUUAUGUUUUGUUUUCCGAAUGUCAGACAUCUUCUUAUAUUGCCUUGUUCAACCAAAAAAAAAAAAA